AUGCUUUCGGAUAGUGUGGCCACCCGUUCAGGCGCAGACGCGGACAAACGCGACAGUCUCAAGCAAACUCCCCUGCAUAGAGCUGCCCACGCUGGAGCAGUAGAUUGCAUCCUGGCGCUUCUGGAGCUUGGGCACAUGGAGUACGGUGCGAACGCCAAACUUCGUGAUGAAGGCAAUCUUCUACCAGUGCAUUGUGCUGCUUUGAGAGGGCGUGACGAAGCAUUGCGAAUGCUGAUCUCUCAGGAUCCAAGAUCUGCCAAUGCGGAGGCAGCAGAUGGUUGGACACCUUUGCACUUUGCCAGCCAUGCCGGCUUCCCGGCUGCCUUGGAGGCCCUGGUUGAGUGUGGUGCCUACGUCCAUUCAGUGGACAAGGAAAAGAUGACAGCCCUGCAUCGAGCAGCCACCUCUGGCAGCGAAGCCGCUUGUCAGGUGCUUUUGCGAGCAGGAGCAGAUGUAGAGUCCACCGACAGCCUCAGAAGGAUGCCAAUCCAUGUGGCUUGCGAGGAGGAGUGGGCUCAUGUUGUGCGCGUCUUGCUGGAAGCGGGAAGCCCAGUGGACACCUUGGAUGGUCAGCGCAGGACCCCGCUGCUCAUCGCCACCCGAGCUGGCAACAUGGAACUUUGUGAGGUCCUGCUAAGCUGCGGUGCCGACCCAAACUUUGGCGACACUGCCCGUGGCAUUCCAAGCGCUUUAGCAGUCGCGCGUCGAGGCACAGAUCCCGCCUUGCGCAACUUGAUGGAGGAGUAUGCUCGUGCUGCAGCUGCAGCAGCAGCGGCUUCGCUGGUUCUCAGCGAAGAGAGACAGGCCAAGAACCUAAGUCCCAGGCGUAAACAGAUUGCGCACAGAAAGACCGCACAAUGCAGAGAGUCUGCGAAUUACUUACUCUCUAUCAUGAAGCUUAUGAUAUAA